AUGGAUCGGAUUUUGCAGGAUUACAUCUGCUCAUUCCGAGUGCGUGAGCUUCAACAGUGCUUAGACGCCCUUGGCCUGAAGAAGCACGGCCUGAAGACGGAGCUGCAGCACCGCCUCCUUGAUCUGAUCAGGAGGCGCAACGGCAUGGCGAGGCAUGGAGGAGAUCAGGCUGCCCGCAUUAUUACCGAAGUUUACUGUGGAAUGAAAGGGCUGACAGGCCUGUCAGGCGCCAUGGGUUUGAAUGGCUUGGAAGAUGAGAGGGAGCGAGAUGUUGCCCAGACACUUAUGGCCAUGCCGGGCAGCAGAAUUGAUGCUCCCUCUGGAUCGAGGCAACAUGUCCAGUCCAUACCCAUGAAUCCGUACACCUUGGCUCUUGGGAUGAAUGGAGGGAAUCUGAACCGCCCACAAGCCCAGUGCUUUUGCAGCAGCAACAUGUUCAAGGAUGGGAGGAUGGUGAAGUGUGCGGGCAAGGGCUGUGGAAUUUGGCAGCACACAGACUGUGUUCUGCCCCCAGGGCCAAUACCCCAGGAAUUCCAUUGUGCGAGGUGCCGGUGUGCACGGGCAGACCCAUUCUGGGCAGACACUGGGGAAGACCUGGUGCCUCCAACGAAGUUGAAAUUUACAGGAAGGAAUGCCCAGGCGAAUGGGGUUGUGCACGAAGUGCUUGUGGCCGAAAAAGUCUUCUUCCUAAAAACAGUGGAUAUCAUGGAGAAGCUGCGCUGUAAGGAUGGCUAUCGUUUGCAGGUCGUGAGCAUCCUCCUGACUGAUGACAUUCCUCAUCGAUACCACUGGCCAAGGAAUUGUACACUCAAAAUCAACAACAUGCAGUACAGGGUGUAUGGCAGGAGCCCCAAUAACUGCCUUGGUAACAACCAGAGAGAUGAGCCUGCCAAUGUUGGCAUGCUUUGCCGGAAUGGCAGAAACAAUGUGUCCAUCACCUGCACAGACGCACGGCCCUUCUGCUUCUUCGUCCAGAUCGUCGAGAAACGGUCAAAGGAGCGGGUGGAGAGCUUGAUGCAUGCAGCUGAGACGCUCGAGGAAGCCCAUGCGCGGGUGGUGCGGCAGGUCAAGAAGGGCUCCAUGGAGGACGAUGACAACCUGGUGGUCACCAGCUCUGUUGUGGUGUCCCUCAAGUGCCCGCUGUCAGCCCUGAGGAUCGUGACACCCGCCAGGUUCUGCGAUGUGGACCAGGUCGAGGCGAUCUUUGAUCUGGACAGCUUCCUGAGCGUGGCAGAGAGAACGCGGAAGUGGGCAUGCCCGCAGACCAUGAAGGGCUCCUGCGUGCAGCGCCUGCAGCGCGAUGUGUACAUGGACAAGGUGCUGCAGUGCCUGAAAAUGGCACCUGACGUGUCUGAGGUGGAGGUGUCGCCAGAGGGGAAGUGGAGGCCGGCGGCCAGUGACCACCGGUGGCGGAGCAUUUUUGACGACGUGGCUGACGCUGCAGUGGUGACUGCAGCAGCUGCCAAGGAGGAAGACUCCUACUGGGAGGAAAGUGAGGAUGAGAUGGAGGAACUGCAGAGGGCUGCCCAGGCUGUGAGGGCCUCCACCAGGAAUGCAGGCAGCGGUGAUGAAAUAAUCAACCUGCUGUCAGAUUCUGAAGACGAGGGUCCAUCGGGCCUGGUAGCAGCGCCCCAGGUGUCUGUGGAUAGUGUGGCUGCGGCGCACAAACUCUCUGUGGAAAGGCUUGUGUCCAACUCACACGCUGGCCCAAGGAUAGCGGUCCAGCAUCCCAGCAGAGCCUUGAGGAUACAGAUUCCCCCAAGGAGGCCCUGUGCCAGGGUGCCACAGAUGCACAACGAGCACUUGCAGCAACAGCCACUACAGCAGCGGCCUCAUCAACAAGCAACACUAAGCUUCGCACCAGGUGGCAUCCAACAGGCAUUGCCUCCUGACAUAUUGACGUCCCUGCAAACAGCAGGAUACGUGCCACAGGAACUGUCCGAUCGCCCCAGCCAGUCGGCAUCAACCUCGCAGGGUCCGUUAGGCCAACACUUCAUCGCCAUCCCACAAAAUGGCUUCUUGGGGAGGCAAAUGCAGUGGCCACUGCCGUUGGGCAAUCCACCCGUGACUGCUCAGCAGCAAGGGCCACAGAGUAGAAUGGGCGAAGGUUUAAUGCAGUCAGGUCAGCAGAAUGGGAGCAUGUGCGUGAAUGAGAUGCUUCAAUUGGUGGCAAAUGCCGGAAUGCAGGAGGACAGGAAGGCGAACGGCCGCACACAAUUGGGAAUGGGGAGCCGCGAAGGGAAUGAGGGGAAUGGGAUGGCCAUGGGUGCAUUCGAAGCAGCUGCGGCGAGUGCCCGGCGUUCCAGCUUCCAGUGUGUGCCGUUUUACCAAGGGGAGGCGCAGUCGCCUGAGCAGUACGAUAACAACAUGGAGGUCAUUGAGCUCGAUUCAGAUUGA